AUGUCGUUGCAGUAUUUCACCGUGUUUGAUCCGGAGCGGGUCGGCCCUGGGAGCGAGAAUCUCGUGGGCGGGCUGCUCUUGUACCAUGAGUUUGGCGGUGCGGACCGUGGGUCGUCGACUUUGAACGAGAAGUUGUCCCGGGUUGGCGUUGUUCAGGGGAUAUGGACGCUCGCGGACACUUUUGUGCCCGAUGGUGUACCCUCAGAGACCGAACGGUGUGUGGAAUUGGGCAGGGAGGUCAUUUUGACGGUCCGAUUUGAAGGUCACUACUUCAUGUGUCUCUCCGUUCAAUUGGAUGACGCGGCGGAGGCAGUACCGCACCAGUUCUACAUGAGUCAGUUGUGGCUCUCGUACAAGUUUUUCUGUCUGCAGUUCGGCAGGUUCGACGAGGUGGAUAUGCUUGUACCGCGGCUCAAUGAACACUUCGUGCCCUUUUGGAACGACAUCUUUUGGAACCCGGAGACGCUGAUACGGCGUGGACUGGAGCUUCUGUGGCCCAAUGGCGUGAAGAUGGCCGAGUUUGAUACUCAGGAGUCCGGUGCCACGGAGGACGUCUGCUGGGACUCCGUUAUCCUGAAGGACGUGAUACUAAACGAGACAAGUUACCUCGGAAUCAAAGAUUUGCUUGUGUACCAUCUGCCUCAGGGCCCCCAGUACGACCCUCAAUCCUAUGGACUUGUGAGAAACUUCUCGACGGAUUUGGAAGACUUGGCAGACGUCUCUAACUGGGUGUACCACCUACUGGCCACGUACGGGGAAAUUUCGAGCCAUGUGCUUGCUGGCAAUGCACAUUACAAGGAGAAACCGUCUGAGGAGCACGACUGUCACACCUCUACACCACCGAACAGCACGCAACAGGAAUCCGUCAUGAACAGUCUGUCGUCAUACUCAAACAAGUUUCUGCAUAACCUUUCGCUGCCCGUAACGUUCGCUUACGAUGCGAUGCAAGAAAUGGGCGCCACCACAGGCAUCUCAAAUAGCAUGUCUCUGCUUUCCACUUACGUGCCUUCGUGGCGGUCCGCAACGGAAUCGGGGCCAGACUCGAGAGAUCACUCGCGAUAUGGGUUCCUCAUUUCACCAUUGUAUUCGAGCGCUCUCCCGAUGAAUUACAAAGUCAAACAACUGAACUUGAACUUCCAAAAUGAUAAACACGGUCGCAGAAAGUACAACACUUUGUUUUGGUACUACGAGAACAUCCUCAUUGUUAUUGUCUGCGACCCAACUUUUGAAAAGAUAUGGGAUGCUGAGUACUUGAAAGAUUUAGGGUACACCCUCUCACGGAGUACACAACGUCUCCAUGAUACAGUGUUGAAGCCCAAUAAGGCUUGCGAAAGAAAACAGGCAAAAUUUACGUACACUGUCGUGGAGAAGUCUCAAUAUUAUCAAACUGUCAAGUCGUCUAUCCCCUCGUACGGGACAAAACUCCCCGCUAAGUAUAAGUCAGCCCUGGAACUGGCAGUCAACGGCGAUUGGUUUUCAAACACAGACACCAGCAACUGGGGGUUUGACAAAAUGGGGGAUAUCUUCCAUACAAACAGAGACCAAGAGCGUAGGAACCAAACCACAGCUCAACAACUGGACAGAAACUUCCUUCAAUUGAUGCCGAGAGACAAGUUGUGGGAACUACAAUUGGAAAUAUUGCAUUUUUUAGACUCUCUGAAACGGUCGCGAAGAUUGCCUGCGUUUACGGAAGAGCGGUUAUUGACCUUAAACAACGGUGUGCUUUGCUACAUACGGGAAGAGGAGUUCAGGUUAGUCAUUAUCGUAAAGAACUGGUUUGACAUGAACAUAAACGAAUUGAAAUCGCAGAAUUCAUCACGUUCGUCCCUAUUUGAGAGCCUGGGUAAAGAUGUCGUCGCAUGGUGGGAGAAUUUGAGUACAUGA